AUGCAUUUCUGUUUUUAUCUGUCUCUGCUUCAAUGCAUUUCUGUUUCUGUCUGUCUUUUUCUUCAAUGCAUUUCUGUUUUUCUGGUCUUCUCUUCUUUAAUGCAUUUCUGUUUUUAUCUGUCUCUUCUUCAAUGCAUUUCUCUUUCUGUCUGUCUUUUCUUCAAUGCAUUUCUGUUUCUAUCUGUCUUUUCUUCAAUGCAUUUCUGUUUCUGUCUGUCUUUUCUUCAAUGCAUUUCUGUUUCUAUCUGUCUUUUCUUCAAUGCAUUUCUGUUUCUGUCUGUCUCUGCUUCAAUGCAUUUCUGUUUCUGUCUGUCUUUUUCAAUGCAUUUCUUUUCUGUCUGUCUUUUCUUCAAUGCAUUUCUGUUUCUAUCUGUCUCUUUCUUUAAUGCAUUUUUCUGUUUCUGUCUUUUUUUUCUUCAAUUCAUUUCUGUUUCUGUCUGUCUGUCUUUUUCAAUGCAUUUCUGUUUCUGUCUGUCUUUUUCUUCAAUGCAUUUCUGUUUCUAUCUGUCUCUUUCUUCAAUGCAUUUCUGUUUCUGUCUGUCUCUUGCUUCAAUGCAUUUCUGUUUCUAUCUGUCUUUUUCUUCAAUGCAUUUCUUUUCUGUCUUCUCUUUUCAAUGCAUUUCUGUUUCUGUCUGUCUUUUCUUCUGUCUUUUCUUUCUGUCUGCUUUUUCUGCAUUUCUUUUUCUGUCUGUCUUUUUUCAAUGCAUUUCUGUUUCUAUCUGUCUUUUCUUCAAUGCAUUUCUGUUUCUGUCUUCUCUGCUUCAAUGCAUUUCUGUUUCUGUCUGUCUCUGCUUCAAUGCAUUUCUGUUUCUGUCUGUCUUUUCUUCAAUGCAUUUCUGUUUCUAUCUGUCUCUUCUUUAA